AAAAAAAGUUAAGUUCCCUGGCCCUUCCUCUUCUCCUCUUUCUCUACCCCUUUCUCUCUCCCCUCGCUCCCUCGCUCGGCCGCCUUCUUCGCAAGCGGCGAGCCGGCGACGACAGGUGACUGGCGCCGCCCUUGCCAGCUCUUCGUCGGGCGUUUCGCCGGCCGACAAGCCUCCGGUCCCGUUGCUGCGACAAUGAGCAGGCACAACACUCGCAACAAGAACAAGAGGCCACGGUCCGAUGAAUCCAAUAGCCCGUCCGCGGCUGUUUUCAAGAAGAUACAUGCCAAUGGCAAUAUCUCGAAGAGCGAUAUCCGACAGCUUUACAUGGUGUGGAAACCGGUUUGCCAAGGCUGCCAUGGGAACACCAAGGACUCCCCAAAUUGUUUCUGUGGAUUAAUUCCCACCACCAACGGGGUUAGGAAAACUGGCCUCUGGCAGAAAAUGCAGGAGAUUGUUCGUGGCCUCGGUCCUAAUCCAUCGAGGGACCUACGUGAUUCCACUGCGACGCCUGCUGGAUUGACUAACCUGGGCGCAACCUGUUAUGCAAAUAGCAUACUUCAGUGCCUUUACAUGAACAGUUCCUUCCGCUCGGGCAUUUUCUCUUUGGAGCUGGAUGUUCUGGAGAAGUAUCCUGUUCUGGAUCAGCUGGCUAGGUUGUUUGCGCAGCUGCACUCUAGCAAAAUGGCUUUCAUCGAUUCAGCACCUUUUAUUAAGGCAUUGGAAUUAGACAAUGGUGUCCAGCAGGACAGCCAUGAAUUUCUCACCUUGUUUCUGUCUCUGCUCGAGCAAUCAUUAAGUCACUCCAAGGUUCCUGAAGCUAGAACAAUUGUGCAACAUCUGUUUUGUGGCAGUGUAUCACACGUAACAAGGUGUUCAUCAUGUGGAAAGGAUUCUGCAGCAUCUUCAAAAAUGGAGGACUUCUACGAACUGGAGCUGAAUAUUAAAGGUUUAAAUAACUUGGAAGAAAGUCUGAAUGACUACUUUAGUGAGGAAGCACUGGAUGGGGAGAACCAAUACUUUUGUGAAUCAUGCCAGAAAAGGGUAGAUGCCACUCGCUGCAUAAAUCUUCAAUCACUUCCUCCAGUUGUCAAUUUCCAGCUGAAGCGCUAUGUAUUCCUCCCAAAGGUAAUAUACCUUUACCCAAACCUCAUCCAUAGUUGUGUUGUAACAUGUUCCUUUCACAUUUCUUUAGUCCUGUGCAUUCUUAUUCUUUACUUUCACAAAGAAUUUUUAUCGAACUUUUCUCAUUGCCAGACAACUACAAAGAAAAAGAUUUCUUCAACAUUCAGUUUCCCAGGACAGCUUGAUUUGGGAAAACGGUUGUCAAACCCCUCAUCUAGUUGUACUUAUGACCUGGCUGCUAUUUUAAUUCACAAGGGUACUGGUGCUAAUAGUGGACACUAUGUUGCACAUAUAAAGGAUGAAAGCAAUGGGCAGUGGUGGGAGUUUGAUGAUGAGACCGUAUCCAAACUUGGUCUGCAUCCUUUUGGUGAGAAACAAGGAAAGGCAUCAAAUAAAGAUGAUGAGAAAUCCCAAGGUGUUUCCGCAGCAGAUUCUAUGACAAAUAACAAUAGUAAUGGUCACCAGGAGGCAGCACCCACUUCUACCACGACAGAGAUGUUUUCAUCUACGGAUGCCUAUAUGUUGAUCUACAAAUGUACUAGUAAGGAUGUCAAUGGCACUGAAAGCAAUAAAAAUAUGGAAAUCAAUGAGUCACUUCCGCGCCAUCUUCUGGAUCAAAUUAGUGAACUAAAUGCAUCAUAUAUGAAAUCGUGUGAGGAAUACCAAAGCAAGAAGGACAGCCAUCUGGCAUAUGUAACAGAGAGGCGUCAAGAAGUAAAAUCCAUUCUAACAGAAGCACCUGCAGAUCCAGAGGUUGAUUCGUAUUUUUGGAUCUCAACAGACUGGCUUCGCCAAUGGGCAGAUAACAUUACUCCCUCCUCCAUUGACAAUGGUCCAAUUCAAUGCGAACAUGGAAAGGUUCCAGCAUCUAAAGUCACAUCAAUGAAGCGACUAUCAUCUACAGCUUGGCAGAAACUAUUUUCGAAAUAUGGAGGGGGACCGACGUUGAGCAGUGAUGACUGUUGCAUGGAGUGUCUUAAAGAUGGGGCAAAAAAUGCAGUAUCUGCUGAUGUCUACCGUGAACGUAAAGCGUCUUUAAAAAAUAUUGCAGAAGCAGCACUUGCUGGUAACUGUCCAGAUGGUCCUUCUUACUUUAUCUCAAAAACAUGGUUGACUCAUUGGCUGAGGAGGAAAAAUGCUGAUAUCCCAUCUGAUGCUGAUAAUGGACCAACAAGUGCUCUAAGAUGUUGCCAUGGGGAUCUUCUGCCUGAGCACGCUCCAGGGGCAAAGCGGGUAUCUGUACCAGAGAGCCUCUGGUUAUUUCUCUAUCAAACCAUCAACGAGAAGAAGGCUGAUGAUAUUGUGACUUUUCCAUCAGAUUCUCAACCAUGUGAAAUCUGCAAUCAGGAAUUAUCUGAUGUUGCUUCUGUGGAGGGUAAUCUUAGAGCAGUGAAACUCAAGCAACGACAGAACCAUGAAAAGUUAAUAUCUGGGAAAAGCUUCGCACUUCAUCCCGGUCAAAAAUAUUAUUUGGUACCUUCAUCUUGGUUGUCAGAAUGGAGAGCCUAUAUUACAGCGACCGGGAAAAAUAUUUCUUCGUUACCAGAACCUCAAAGUCUGGAAGCUAUUGUCGAUUCACUUAUAUGUGAAAAGCAUUCAAAAUUGCUGCAAAGGCCUUUGGAUCUUGUUUGUAAGCGUGGAAACAUUACUCAGAAAACAUCAAAUACUGAUGGUUUGACAAUAAUACCAGAGUACGAUUGGAAGUUAUUCUCUGGGGAGUGGAGUGCCACACCUGAAAAAGGUUUAUCUGCUGAAAUUGCUUUUAGCAAGAGCUCUCAAGACAAAUUGCCUGGGGCAUCUGAAGCAACACCAACUAUGGAUGGUGAUCUAGACCAAUCACUUGAUGGCGCUAAUGAUGAUGUGGGGGGCAGAGAGCCCUAUGUGAGAACUGAUCCUGAGGUUUGUGAAGAAUGUAUUGGAGAAAGAGAGAGCUGUGCAUUGGUGGAGAAGCUCAAUUACCAGAAUGAAGACAUCCAUGUCUAUUUAGUGCGUGGAAAAGAAGCACCAAAGUCUGUUAAAGAAGCAUCUAAAUCUUUCACUGUGUCAGAUCGUCGGACCUCGAAGCGUUCCCGAAGAACAAACUCUGGAAAUUCAAUCAGUUUGAAAGUCUCUGGUUCUACAUCUGUCUAUCAGUUGAAACUCAUGAUAUGGGAAUCUUUAGGGAUCGUGAAGGAGAACCAGAAGCUUCACAAAGGCUCUGUUGAGAUUGAAGAUGACUUGGCAACUCUUGCUGACAAGAGUAUUUUUCCCGGUGAUGUUCUUUGGGUCAGAGAUUCUGAAAUCUAUGAGAACCGUGACAUAGCAGAUGAGAUUUCAGAGCAGAAGGCUGAUAUGCUACAGACAGAGGAAGGCUUUCGAGGAACUCUGUUGACAUCAAGUGUUUCAGCUCAGCUUUGUCAGGAUGUAGCAUUUAGUGAAUGAAUUCCUGCAUCAGAUGUAUAGCUGCAUAUAUGCUGACUGAAAUGGUUAAGCUUGCUGGGAGAAAUUGUAAUUGCUUUGCAGAGUGUCGUAUGGAAUUGUGGCGGUCCUGGCAGCCGUCCUGGCGGGAAUUUUUGUCAACCCCUUUAUCGCAAGCUGUGUUUUUCAGUGAGGAAAACAGAAGAGGCUCCUCCUGAAGCUGUCCGUCUACCCCUGAUGUAAUUACAUGACAAGUAGGAAGUUGUCUAUUUGAUGCAUGCGUAGUUUCUUUUUUACUCUCUUUUGGCUGUGAGGGCUAUGGGUGAUUCGCCUCUUACAUGGUGGCCAAUGCAAGAGGUUUGUUGAAAGGCUGGAGCCUUGAACUGAUGCUGAGGUAGUAGUGGUCGGUUUGCUAGAUGAGAAUGAGAUCGUAGUGCCUGCUGGCUUAUGAUCCCUUGUGCGUUCUGUCAUGUGUUGCAUUUGCACCCUGUUUUUCCUUUGGGCUGGUCCCUGGGCAGUCUGGGCUAUCAGUUGAUAUAGAUGUAAUCGCGGAAGGAAUUCUAGGCCCCUCAA